CGUGAUCAGUCUCUUGUUCGCAGGUUUCCUGGUCAGUGCGUCUGAUGCUCGAGUCGGAGUCACGUCUCUGUGGAUAAUCUCAUCGAGCUGUUCUUCUGAAUACAUCGAUAUGAAGGCGCUAACGGGGCUGCUGCUGUUGAUCUUUGGUCACGGUGUGUCCUCAGUGCUUCACUCUCUGCAGUAUUUCUCCUCGUCAUCGACUGGACUCCCAACCUUCUCAGAGUUUGUUGCUGUUGCGAUGGUGGAUGGAGUUCAGUUUGGGUACUAUGACCGCAGCACCCAGGGAAUAGUGCUGAAACAGGCCUGGACGGAAGAGUUAAACAGAGAUCAUCCAGGUGAACUGGAGACGAUGUCUGGAAUGGCGCUGGGUGCCCAGCAGAUACUCAGGGCCAAGAUGUUGGAUCUGAAGAAGCUCUUUAACCAGACAGGAGGUGCCCAUAUUGUUCAGAGGACACUUGGCUGUGAUUGGGAUGAUGAGGAUGAUUCUACUGAUGGUUAUCUCCAGUUUGGUUAUGAUGGAGAGGACUUCAUAGCGUUGGACCUGAAGACCCUGACCUGGGUCGCUCCAGUACCUCAGGCUGUCAGCACCAAACAGAGAUGGAAUGAGGAUAAAGCUCGAUUACAAUUCAAUAAGUACUUCUUCACUAAGCAGUGUGUUGAUUGGCUGAAGAUGGGCCUGGCCUAUGGGAAGAGCACUCUGCAGAGAACAGAUCGUCCGCGGGUGUCUCUGCUCCAGAGGAGCCCCUCCUCCCCAGUGGUGUGCCAUGCUACAGGCUUCUACCCUGACAGGGUGGUGGUGUUCUGGAGGAGAGACGGCCAGGAGCUCCAUGAGCAGGUGGACCCCGGGGAGGUCCUCCCCAACCACGACGGGACCUUCCAGGUCAGCGUGGACCUCAACCUCACGGCCGUCCCACAGGAGGACUGGGGGAGGUACGAGUGUGUGGUCCAGCUGAGAGGCAUCGAGGAGAUCUCCACCCCCCUGGACCCCGCCCUCAUCAGGACCAACUGGGUGGACCAGAGUGGCCUCACCAUCCCCUUCAUCAUUGGGUUCCUUGUUCUCCUCCUCGCUGCUGCUGCUGCUGUUGUUGGAGUCUUUGUGUACCAGAAGAGGAACGGUUCUGACACCAGCUCUGAGAACACUGAGGGGCAGAAUCCGGCUCCUGAGGCCCAACCUCUGACCACACGUCAAAGUUAAAUCACUGUGGAUCACUGUUCAUUUAUAAUCCUCACAAUCAGGCUUGGGACUUCAGCUUACUAAAGAUACUACAUUUGCUAAAUUACAAUAACAUUCAUAGUUAACUUUAUUUUGAUAUCAACCAGUGGCGGUGGGUCAAUAGAGGGCGCUAGGGCGCCGCCCCUCCAUGAAAUAUUCACUUUAAUAUAUCUGCCAACUAUUAAUCAACUAUUAUCAAUACGAAAUAAAUCAACAAAAAUACAUAGUGUUUAACCUCGUUUAAUGUGUGAUGUACUUAUCACUGCCAGCAACCAUUUAAAUGCGUCUGAACGUCAAUGAUUUGGGCUAGGCUAGUUAUUGGUCAUUCGAAAUAAAGCCCUCCUCCAAGUCAGGGGCGCCGGCCACGUUGAAGUCAACGUAAGCUCGCUAACGUUUUGCUGUCUAUCAAGCAGCGACAGCUUUUCAUUGGCUCAAGAAAAUUCGCCCUCGGUUCGCACCAGUGUGCGCCCCAGGCCAAUGGUAUCACUUUUCUUUUUUGUUAUCACCAACAAUUCAGCGAAUCAAUCAAAUAGGCUACCGCCCUCAGCAGCAUUCGCGCAACACAACUACAUGUAGAGAAGAGAUAGAUCGCUAACUAGCAGAGAGUUGUAAGCACUUUCCACCCUUUUCAGUGGAGGAAUUGGACUCCCCAAGCAAUGUUAUACUUAAAAGGAGCAAGUAAGUUACAUAGGCCUAUUCAUUUAGUCUUUCGGCCUGUCGCAUAUAAACAAAAUGAAGCAUAUUCCGAAUCCUAACUGCAUUUGAAGUAGACAUUGAGACUCACAAAAAAUGGGCACUAUAGGACAGUGAUCAUGAUUUGUCUCAAUAUCAGAAUGACAACAAUGGGUCAAAUAGCAAUGGCUAGUGGAAUUGCCAUAAAGUAGGUAAUAUGCAGUGUAAGCUUGUCCAGGCCCUGCAAGUCAGGAUGUAGGCUAUGAGUCUGAAUGAAUAGUAGGUAAAUAGGUAGUGGCCAUCCCCAAAAUGCGCCAGAAUACAGGAAAUCUGUAAGAAGGGUAAAUCUUUUUUUGUGAUAGAUUUGAUUAACUCACUGGCUUAAAAUUGCAAACUAUAUUUCACUGACGCCUGGAAACCAUGGCAACACGACCUCGCAAUGAUGGUAAUUUUGGUUUUUGUUCCCGCCGCUUCAUGUUAUAACCUUUUACUUAUUUAAUAUAUAUUAUAAUAUAUAAUAUUAAUAUAUUAUAAUAAUAUUAUAUUAUUUAAUAUGUUUAAAAUAAUGUUUAAAGAUUCUGAAUUAAGAUUUUGGACGGUGAGAUUCUGUCAAGUUUGAAUACAAUAUUAGAUUAAUUCAAUGUGCUUAAAUUGUAUUAAUUUUAGAGUUCUGCUUGCUAAUUCUAUUGCUACAUAGGCUCCAACAAUCAAGCUAGGUUGCUUUAGCCUUAACGUUCUUUGUUGCAUACUCUUUGUUUUUUGGGGAAUUGGAUCAUAUAUAGGCCUACUUGGGUUAUCUUUCAAUAAAAUACAUUAAAAUAAACUGCCU